UUCAUCUUUUAGUCAUACGUUAAAAAAGUUUUCCCCAUAGAGUUAUCAUUUUUUAUCUUCACACUCACAUCUCAUGUGUUUUCCUUAUCAGCAACUCUAAGAAAUCUCUUUUCACUGAAAUAUAUACAUACAAAAUAUAAAUCGCCGAUAACAGUUAUCAACAUUCAGCUAGAUAGGGACUCAUUCGGGUUAGAAGAUGUCAGCUCGUAUAGGAGUAGCGGACUUCGGGGAGUCGUCAUAUUCGGCACCGCCUUCUCCGACUCUCGGCGAGCUCUUGAAAUGCGUGAGUAAUUCAACAAACGAUAGAAAUAUUGUUGACGAAACACAUCUGGAAAUGAACCAGAUGAGCCACAUGAACAACGAGCAGCCUGAUCAUUCGUUACCUUUCGUCUUAUCGUUUACUAAUCUGACAUAUAGCGUGAAGAUACGAAAAAAGAUUGGUAUUCCAGCUAUAUUUGGAGACCGGAAAAGACCGGUCUCUGUACCAGCAACCGCGGCAGAUCCAGUUGCUGGUGAGAAUUUGCUUUCAAGAAACAAAGUUUUGUUAAAUGACAUUUCUGGUAAUGCUAGGGACGGCGAGAUACUCGCUGUCCUUGGCGCGAGUGGCUCCGGGAAGUCCACUCUGAUUGAUGCUUUAGCGAACAGAAUCGCUAAAGGAAGUUUAAAAGGAAAUGUUACUUUGAAUGGGGAAGUGUUGGAAUCCAAGUUGUUGAAAGUGAUUUCGGCUUAUGUUAUGCAAGAUGAUUUGCUAUUUCCUAUGUUAACCGUAGAAGAAACUUUGAUGUUUGCUGCCGAGUUUCGCCUUCCUCGAUCUUUAUCAAAGUUGAAAAAGAAGCAAAGAGUUCAAGCACUAAUUGAUCAGUUAGGUCUCCGAAACGCGGCAAACACCGUCAUCGGCGACGAAGGACAUAGAGGUGUGUCCGGUGGUGAAAGACGUCGUGUUUCGAUAGGAACUGAUAUCAUUCACGAUCCUAUCAUACUCUUUCUCGAUGAACCGACAUCCGGGCUAGAUUCCACGAGUGCGUAUAUGGUUGUAAAAGUAUUACAACGUAUCGCGCAAAGUGGAAGCAUUGUGAUCAUGUCCGUACACCAGCCUAGUUUUCGGCUUCUUGGUUUAUUCGACCGGUUGCUAUUUCUAUCUCGUGGUCAAACCGUUUACAGCGGCUCGCCUUCAGGCCUGUUAUCGUUUUUUGCUGAUUUCGGCCAUCCGAUUCCGGAUAAAGAAAAUCGUACGGAGUUUGCUCUGGAUUUGAUUAGAGAACUGGAAGGGUCACCAGGAGGAACAAGAAGCCUAGUCGAAUUCAACAAAUCGUGGCAGGUUUUGAAACGAUCGCGUCACUCUCAACUCACGGGUGAUGAAACCCCAACUCACGGGUUAUCGCUGAAAGAAGCAAUUAGCACGAGUAUCUCACGUGGUAAACUUGUUUCCGGCGCUACAACCGAUAUUAGCCCGACUUCAAUGGUGCCUAGUUUCGCGAACCCGAUAUGGAAAGAGAUCAUAGUUUUGUCAAAACGUACCAUGACGAAUUCAUGGAGAAUGCCGGAGUUAUUUGGAACUCGGUUAGCUGCAGUUAUGGUUACCGGGUUUAUCCUCGCCACAGUGUUCUGGAAACUCGAUAACUCCCCGAGAGGCGUUCGUGAACGUAUAGGAUUUUUCGCGUUUGCAAUGUCGACGACUUACUACACAUGUGCAGAUGCGUUGCCUGUUUUCAUACAAGAACGUUUUAUUUUCAUGAGAGAAACCGCUUACAACGCUUACAGACGUUCAUCCUACGUUCUAUCUCAUUCGAUAGUAGCCGCUCCUUCACUCAUUGCAUUGUCAAUCGCGUUCGCAGUAAUUACAUUUUGGGCCGUUGGACUCGACGGGGGAGCUUCUGGAUUCUUCUUCUACUUUUUCAUCAUCUUGGCCUCAUUUUGGGCCGGAAGCUCUUUCGUUACGUUUCUAUCCGCGGUUGUGCCUCAUGUUAUGAUUGGAUAUGUGGUUGUUGUGGCGAUCUUGGCUUACUUUCUUCUAUUCAGUGGUUUCUUUAUAAACCGUGAUCGAAUUCCUGACUACUGGAUUUGGUUUCACUACAUUUCUUUGGUGAAAUACCCGUACGAAGCGGUUUUACACAACGAGUUUCAAGAUCCUAAUAAAUGUUUCGUUAGGGGAACGCAGAUUUUCGAUGGCAGCCCUCUUGCAGUCGCGGACGACUCGAUUAAAUUGAAGUUGUUAGAAAACAUGAGUGAAACAUUAGGAUUUAACAUCACGGCAACCACAUGUUUGACCACUGGUUCUGAUAUACUGAAGCAGCAAGGGGUCACUGAUUUGACCAAAUGGGAAUGCUUAUGGAUUACAGUUGCUUGGGGUUUCUUCUUCAGGAUCUUGUUUUAUUUCUGCUUGUUACUUGGAAGCAAAAACAAGAGGACUUAAAGUGUCAACAACACAAACUUCAUGGUAGUGCUUUGUAAGUUUUUAAGUUUGGCGGGAAGUCAAAACAAACAUUCAACUUCUUAUAUUUAUUUUGCUUUCUUUUUGCAUUACUUUUUUAUUAUUAUUAUUAAAUAAAAAUUGUAAUAUAAUACAACAACUAUUUAUCAUUAAUUAUUGUAUGAAAAUAUUAGCUAAAGGAUGGUUUCAUAGGAA